UUAAUCUUUUAUACAUCACCUUACAUGUGUGAUGAGGUUUUUGAAUGGAUGUGGUUAGGAGUGUGUUCUAGAUACUAGUGAGGUUUGCGCUAUCUGAUUGUGUUCUCCCCUCUAGCACCCUCUACUGUCCCUCAGCUAUGGAGAACCAUUGAGCUUGUAGGUGGAGUAGACCUGAGACGAGUGACUCUGCUGUGGAAGUCCCCACCCAGGAGUCAAGUGAAAUGCUCAGUCCCAUGGUUUAACGUAUCCUGCUGUACUGAGGGUUCCCAGAAUGCACUGCAUACAUGGGACUGCAAUGCCCUGAGUGUGUCCGACACUUCCUGUCAUCUGACCCUUCCCCCUGAGCGCUGCUCCUGCACACUGAGCAUGUCCAACCCUGCCGGCAUCUCUCCUCCAGCUACCAUCACAAUCCCCAGCACCACGGACUCAGCACCCAAGGCUCUGGUGGAUGUCAGUGUCACAGCAUUGGAUGAUUUCAGACUGGAGGUACGAUGGACAGCUCUAGAGUCCCCAUCACUAAGCAGCUUCCUGGUGGAGUGGCGGGCUUUAUCUGAGACAGCUAGCUAUACUCCAUACUGGCAAAGACUGAGCCACAAUGCAAGCAAAAUUAUAAUCACAGAGGGCGUGUGGCCGAAACUGUGCUACAAAGUGACUGUGAGGCCUGAGUAUGAUGCAGAGACUGGGGAGGAGCUGUCAGUAGAAGCCUACACCAGGCAAGAAGCUCCCUCUGCUGGCCCCAAGCCAGUGGUGCAGGAGCUGAGCAGCAGUGCUGUUGUCCUGCAGUGGGAGCCUGUUCCUCUGGAGCAGAGGCAUGGCUUCAUCCGCUACUACACCCUCUACAUCCAGAGUGAAGAAGAAACUCCAGAGGUUGUAGUGGUGCCAGGAGACAGCCUGAGGUACCAGUUGAGUGGUUUGUCUGGACUGUACAGGAUCCACAUGGUGGCUCACACUGAUACAGGAGGGAGUCCUCCUGGUCCAAUGCUUGAUGUGGCUGUAGGGGGGGUUGUUUUAGUGGACACCAUCCUGUGGUGUUGCAUUCCUACAGUGCUCACUGUCAUGAUACUGCUGAACUGCCUACAGUGGAGACAGAGGAUAAAGCAGAAUCUCUGGCCUACAGUCCCUGACCCUGCACAUAGUAGCCUGUCCACCUGGAACACGGAGACUAAAUACACCACAGUCGUUUUCACUGGGGGGGGGGGUGCUAAGCCCCCAAAAUUGGCCUCCUGA